UUUAAUUUCAAUACUCCCAAUUAUUCAAUUAAACACCCGCACAUACAACUCAUCCUAGUUUUUGCAAUUUUUUCAGUUCAGAUACAUAUAACCAGAUUCGACUGUAUUUUAAAUCCCAAAUUUAUUCAGAGUUGCAGACAGACACCCUACAUUUUUCAUUUUUUAGUCAAAUAUUUUAAAGGUAGUUUUAUAGAAUCAUUUUUGAUAUUUUAAAUAAAUCAUCAAAACCUCCCUUUUGUUGACACCUCUCUAAUUAUUUUAUAUUUAUUCCCUCAACUAAUUUAAAAUUUAAAUAAAAAUAUUUAAUUUUAAAUUUAUUUUUAAUAACUCAAUUAAACGCCCGCAUUCCCCUUUAAAAUUCCAUUCUAACUCUCUUCCCGAUAAGGCAAUUUUUGCCAUUUCUUUUUUUAUUUUUCUCUCUCUCCCUUUAAAUUUUUGCCUUUUUGCCACGACUAUCAUUUUUUAUUUAAAGCUUUUCAUUUUUAUUUACAUAGACUGUCAUCGAUCAUAGACUGUCAUAUAAUUCUCUCCCUCCCUUUAUUGUUUACCUCCCCUCUUCCCCAAAAAUAAUUUUUCUUGUCAAAAGUUAGCUUCAUAAAGAGCUGAUUAUUUCAAAAAAAGUUUUUUCUCCUCUUCUUUUAAUAUAAAUUCAUUAAAAAAUCUUUUUCAGAAAUUUUUAAAAAUCAGAAACUUGUUUAUCCAAAAAUGUCAAAAAUCAUUUUACUUUUGGCCUUUAUAUUUCUAACAACUUUGGAAAUUAAUUCGGCUGUCGAUUCCCCAGCAAAUAAUAAGAAAAGUGGAUCAACAGAACCUGUUAAAACCGAAGAAAAAAAGGAAGAAGCCACAACACCCAAACCAGAAAACAUAACUUGUCCAGCAUGUCCAACACCAGCAGAAGCUGAGGAAAAAAGUAGUGGAUUUGGUGGUGGCUCUAUUUUCUUAUCAAUUCUAUUUGGAAUGGGUUUAAUGUUUGGAUUAACACAAUUAUAUAUUUAUUGGGAAAAACGACGAAGUGGUGAUUUAAGUACAUAUCCUGGAUAUUAA